AUGGGCCACAAUGCCACAAAGUUGGCCCCGGUCGACGAGCCGCAAGGAGGUCAGGCCAAGGAGUCACGACGAGACCGUGAACGACCAGUCGUCGCGCCGUCACGACCAGCUCCUCCACCACCGGUGGCGGUAGCAGCAGCAGCAGCAGCAUCACCAGCAGUGGCAGGCGCAUCCCUGCACGCCAAUGCAUCUGCAAAGCCACUGCCCCUAACAACAACAACAACGACGACGGCAACAACAACAACAACCCCAACACCACCAUCAAGGCCCGGCCCGGCCAAACUCCAAAAGUCGGCACCUGCUCCACCCACUACCGAUGAGGUCAGCACUUCCGGUAGCAGUAGCAGUCCUGCACCUCCUCCUCCUCAGCCCAUCCGUGUCCCCGUUCCUCUACAGCCUCUCCAAUCACUACCGCCCGCCCAGCCCCACCGCCGCGGCCUGGGCAUCGUCCGCAAGAUGAGCUUUCGGACGCGCGACCGCGAGCGCGGCGGCGCAGGAGCAGUGCAGUCCGCAGCAGUGUCGGCGCAAAGCCCAUCCCGGGCAUCUGCGAUCGAUGCAGCUGCCCUCGCUUCAGCGCCAUCGGCCGUGGCGUCGACUGCGUCGCACAGCUCGAGCAACGACCACUCAACGUCGCGCAAGCUGCGAGCGGCUUCGGACGACACGGGGUCGAGCAAGCCUCGAGUCCUGAUGCGCAACGCGUCCACUGGUCACGUCGGUGCUGCUCGCCCACGACGAUCGCCAGCGCGCGCUACAAGGCGGUCUGCAGACGCGUCGUUUAAACCUGCCAACGAGAUUUUGGGUUCCAGCCCGCCGGCGUCUGGUUCUUCAGAGAUGACGCAUGCUCGCGGCACGGUGUACGGUUCGUCUCCGCCGUCCGUCGGACAGGUUGUCGACGAUGGCGUCGUCCUGAGCUCGUCGCCCCCAUCGAGCAUUGGACCGGAGCGUCGACAGCGCCUGGUCCCCCGUUCAGAAGCUGCCCGCGGACCAGCUCACAGCGCGCCGACACUGGAAGCGCGGACGCGCGUCUCGGCUACGGCGAAGAGGGAGCGCGAAUGGCGCGAAAAGCUCGCGACGCUGUCCAUCGUCUCGCCUCCCCGUUCUCCUGGCCCUGCGCUUCCUCUGUCCUCUGGACCCCGGCCUCCUCCUCGCCGCAAGCACACGCCUCCCGAGGUUGCCGACGGUGGGUCCUCGGCAGAGGUGUCGCCAACACGAGGUCACAAGCAGCAGGUCGAGACGCUGGCCAACUCGUUUGGCGGGCUUGGUCUGGGUCUCGGCGUCGACCCAUCGACGGUUGGUGCCCCCCGCCGCUCGACGGCAAGUGUGGUCAGCAGUGUCGCCAGCAGCCACGUCCACAUCUCGCCCGCGGUUUCUGCUGUGGGCCGCAACAACAACAACGCGCCGUCGGCUUCCCGCAGCGUGUCGGCGUCGAGCUACCUCGACUCGGCGAACUACUUUGACUCGCGAUCGGUCACCCCCAGGGGCUCUACGGUAAUCGUCUCUGUCCACGGUGGCGACAUGGAGCGCAGGCCGCUGUCUACCAUCAUCCAGGAGCCUGGUUCACCUGCCUCUGACAUUCCGCCGCCUUCACCAGCGUUCACGCUGGCGCUGGGCCUCCAGUCCCCGCCGACAGAGUACAAGCGCUCCGAGGCCGGCACUCCGAGCGCGUCUGCCCUGUCCCUCGCUCUGCCGCCGCCAGUGGCAUCGCCGGCCAUGUCGACCCGUGCCCUCGAGUGGACACCCGACGAGCGUGUGGUCGUGUCGCGUGCAAGCGUGCCCGACUUUCCACGUACCCCCAACUCGUCGGACAUGGACCGCGGCGACAGGACGCCCGUGGCCCGGUCGCCGUCGCAGUGCGCCAGCUCGGAGCGCGGUCUCACGCUCGACGUCACCCCGCUGCCCACUGCCCGCGCCCACCUCCCCUCGCCGGCGCUGACGCCGACUGACAAGACCAUGUCGGUGCAGUCGACACAGUCGGCCAACAACUCACAGGUCCACGACGACGUUGACGUCCACAUGAGCGGCCUGCUGGCUGCUGCGGACGUGCCCACGGACGUUACGUGGCCGGACAAGGCCGAGCACGACGCCGCAUACGCCGCGCUCCCAGACCGCACGUUUUCGCUUCCGGACCGCAAGACUUCGCUGCCCCAAGGCAUGCCACCUCGACCCCUCCCUGUCCGGCCGGCGGAGAAGAUGGCUGUGGUAUCGGGUCCCGAGUCUGCUCAGCCGAGCACGUCUGUGUCUGCGUCUGCAGCUGCAGUUGCUCCUGGCGCUGGCGCUGGCGUUGCCAGCGCACGGCGCAGCCACGCCCGCUCGUCUAGUCGCGAGGCAUUCGCACUCGAUGGCCUCGUCCGCUCCGCGGCGGAGGCGGGCAUGCCGGCCGUGCCAGCCGUACCAGCUGUCCCGGUUGUCCCAGUUGUCCCAGUUGUCCCAGCGCAGCCGGUGCAGCAGCAACCACCCCGGCCGCCGCCUGCGCAGGCCCUCCCUCCGCUCCCAGCACAUGCUGCGCGCAUCGCGAGGGACCACCCCACGCACAUCCACACCGCACACAGGGGAUCGCACCCGGCUCCGCCGCAGCCGCCGCGCACCCUCGCGCCCGACUCUGUGCCGCGCGACGUCAAUGCCGACGUCGACGUCGCUGUCGACGUCAACGCGGACGGGACCGAGACCGGCGCACCCCUCCGGCGCAAGUACGACCUGACGCCGGGCCUCGACUCUGGCCGGCGGCCGCGCAAGACGGGCCUGCCCAUGGCGGAUCUGCAGCGUUGGCUCGCAUCCACGACGACUGCGUAG